AGGGACUUUCAGACAGUGAGCUUGUUCUGCAAGGCUGCCUGUUGGAUCAAUCUUUAUUGCUCCAGCUACUGAUGCUAGCUGGCUAGUUUAGCUCGUGCUGCUGGCUCAGGGACAAGCUUAAGGAAGCCACUGCAAGAGGAGAGCAAUUCACCCUCAGCACAGCUCAAAAUCCAAAGAGCAGCUUUCCAGACACUGAUUUAUUCCCUGUUUUUGUGGGACUGACACUCUGAGACGAUGCAGCUGAACCUUCCUGUCCUGACUCUUUGCCUUCUGGGCACAGCAGUCCUGUGUGUAGCACAGUCAACCACAAUGAAGCCACCCCCAACAGCUACAGCCGAACCAACAACUGCCAAACCCACCACACCUGGCCCAGUCACCACUACCACAGCUGGAACUGGAACAACCACAGCUGCCGGAACUGGAUCGACCACAGCUGCCGGAACUGGAUCGACCACAGCUGGAUCGACCACAGCUGCCGGAACUGGAUCGACCACAGCUGCCGGAACUGGAACAACCGCCACUACUACGAAAACCACUUUAGCUCCCACUAAAUCCACACCUUCUGUGGGUGGAGAGGGAGAAGGGCUUACAUCUGGCGCUAUAGCCGGAAUUGCCAUUGGCUCUAUCGCUGGGGUGGCUGCUGUUGGUGGUGGUAUCUUUGGUGGGCUGAAGUACAUGGGGAAGAUCUGAGACCAGUUAUUGGCAAACAAGAAUGUAAAUGGUUAUGGAUUGUAAACUAAAACAUUUCAUCCUGAUGCUGUUAACUGGACAAUAAAAUGUCCUUUUGUCUGAAAGGCUCAAAUCAGAAUAUGACAGUGGCUAUGAUAUGAUGAUGAUAUGGGCCCAGAGGAAGACAGAAAAGUUAAUAUGAACUUUGCUCUGUUAUUUUGAUUGUCUGGCUGAGAGUCCGGUAGUAAUCUUUAGUUGAUCAAAAACUUUUGGUUGUGAUAGAAAAUAUAUUUUAUCAUAUUUUCAUGUCGUUGUCUUUAAUGGCAGUAAAAUAAUAAGCUGCACUUUUAAAUUGAAUGGACAGUCCUUGACUAAUGGAGUGUUUGAUUUAAAAUAAUGAAUGUACUUUAUGUGUCAUAAUUGUGGUCUUUUGGAUUUCAAUAUUUAGGGUAGCUAACGAUAACGAGCCAGAUUUUAUAAUAACUUUUUUUAUUUUUUAUGACGGUAGUUGUGGAGCCUGUGCAGCUCCUGAGGUUUCAGAUAAAAAUAAAUUGUCACUAGAUUUUAAAGAUUAAGAAAAAUUGUCUGCUUUCUUAAAAAAAAGAAACUUUGUAAAUUAAUACAGACAUUUUUAAAGAUGUAGUUUAUUUUCUUAUCAUUAACUGGGCUUUUGAACCCAAAUUCUGUAUUCCCUGUAUUCAGAGGAAAGGCUUUGAAAUCACUCAAUACAUUUAAUAAAUAACUGU